CUAUGGACUCAGGAUCGCCUUACAGCGUUGUCGAUGCUGUCCAUUGAAAAGGAAUUUCUUUCGAUCUUGGAUAACUUCAAUGGGAAGGUGAUCGACAAAUUUGCUGCCAAGAAGGAUCGCAGGAUCGAACUGACAUAUAAAAAAUAGGUAAGUUCGGAUUUGCAGGAGCCGCCACUGCUUAGGAGUUACGAUAA